AUGACAACUGUCAAUAAAAUUGAAUUUCGUAAAACAGUAGAAUGUAAAGGUGAGCUUGAAGUAAUUGAUGAAAUAAGCGAAUUUGGAAAAAACCAAACGACAAACAAAGACCGUAGAUCUCAUGCGGUAAAAACAAAGGAUAGACUUUGGGAUGGAGGUAUUAUUCCGUAUGAAAUUGAUAAAGUUUUCACUCUUGCACAGUAUCAAUUGAUAAGGCAAGCUAUGCAACUCUGGGAGAGAUCAACGUGUAUUCAAUUUGUGCCAAGAAUCGAAGGCGUGCAUAAAGAUUAUACACUUAUCACUAAAGAAUACUGCGGAUGUUGUUCGGUUGUAGGCAAAAACUCUGACGAAGAGCAAUUUAUUAGUUUGCACGAUGAAUGUAUGGAUCGUUAUACUCUUCUUCAUGAGCUGGGACAUACAAUUGGACUAUAUCAUGAGCACACGCGUUCGGAUCGUGAUGAAUAUGUGAACAUUUUUAGAGCUAAUAUUAUGUCAGGUGUCGAAUCUCAGUUCGAGAAAAUAUCAGAAAACGACUCAACCACUCUGGGACAACCAUAUGAUUAUCGUUCUAUAAUGCAUUAUCCGGAAACAGCUGCAGCGAAAGAUUCUUCUUCGGACACAAUAAAUCCGUCGAGAAUAAUUAACGGUGAAUGGCCGGUACUUGGUGGAGAUGAUCUGAGCCGAGGUGAUGUUGUGACAACAAAUCUUCUUUAUCGUUGUCCCGAGUGCGGUGGAACUUUUUCGAAUCCUAAAGGAACUUUCAGUCCACCAAUUGAACUAAUGUAUUCACAACCGAAUCUUACACGCUGCGAAUGGACAAUUAGAGCACCUGAAGGUCACAGAAUAAAACUUUUAAUCACAGUACUGAGUAUUCCUGAAAGCUCUGGCUGUUCAACGGAUUAUCUGGAAAUUCGCUAUAACCGGGAAAGUAAUGAUGUCAUAGCUAAUACGAAUAUUUUAAAAAUUGUAUUGGUUUACACUCAGUACAAUGAAAGUCCCGUUGAUUUCAUAAUCGAAUAUGAGGCGAUGUGCGGUAAAAAUUUUUAUGUUGGAACUAAUGAAACAUUUUACUUGCAGUCACCAAAUUAUCCGGGACCAUAUGUAGCAAAUAAAGAGUGCUAUUGGUAUAUUACUGCCCCCGAGCAUUACAGUAUAUCACUAGAUUUUCAUCACUUCGAUAUUGAAGAAUCAACUGAUUGUAAUAAGUAUGAUUACUUGGAGGUACGUGACGGUGAUAAUUAUAGAGCACCGCUUAUUGGAACUUAUUGCGGGAAACACGAUAAUUUGACGAUAUCUUCGAUAGGACGAUUUAUGUUUCUUAGAUUUAUUCCUGAUGAAUCACUAAAUAGAAACGGUUUUUCUACUGCUAUUACAGCACGAAAAAUGAAAAUGCAUUAA